AUGGUGGAACACGCGAAUGUGGACUUGAACCUCAGGUGGCAAGAUCAAAAUGUAGUCAAGAAGGACGGUCAAUGGACAGUUGACGGGCGGCCGGUUGUAGAUGUUGCUCUCUCUUAUCACCAGCAUCCCUCCAACCUUCCGGGCAUGUCGUGGCUAGGUCUGAUUGUUACUGCGCCACCCAAUGCUGCCACGCCACCUCACACUCACGCUGGUGCCGCCAUUAAUGCCACCGUCAUCCGCGGCCAUGUCCUAAACCAAAUGGUCCACACCCAGGUCGAUCCUGUUACAGGAGAAACUCACGCUCAGGAUAGUGGUGCAAAGAUCUAUGGUCCUGGAGAGAGCUGGUUCGAGGCUCCCGGCUGCCACCAUGUUCGAUCUGAGACCGUGGGCGAUGAGGAGUCGCAAUUCAUCGCGAAUCUGAUUGUUACGGACAAGGUCUUUGACGGAUUGGAUAUGAGUGCCAAGGGCCUCGAGGCCGAUUUUGCCAAGAUUGGUCGUGUUUUUAUUAUCGACAAGGAUAUCGAGGAGCGGGAAAAGGAAACCAAGAAAUAG